AUGGAACCGAUUAGACCGAUUGCCAGGACAACCCUACAGUCGACCCAACUAAUCGUUGCAACACCCCCUCCCUGCCUGGAUGUCCACACUGGUUUUUUAUCAUCAAAAAAGCCCAUCCCGGCCAGUCUGCUCCGUUUCCUCCUAAGGGCUGGCAUCGAGUCAAACCCUGGCCCCAAAACCUGGAUUUCCCUUGCCUGCAACAAGAAAAUCAACAAAACCAAAUUCUCAACUCGUUGCAGAACCUGCUGCAAAUGGUUUCAUUUAGUAAAUUGUGUGACCAAUAUCAACGAACACCACAUUCACAUAGCAGUUAUCCAAGAAUCUAAGUAUUCAAAAAGUUUAAAAGAUCCAGUUUUCAGAGACCGUGGGAACGGACAAAGGGAUGGUCUACUCAUUCUUAUCCAUUACAACAUUUCUUACACGAUCAAGCUACUACUCGAUCAAGCAAAAAAAGAGAAUCAAGCCAUCACAGUCAGGGCUAAUGACACAUGUAUCAACAUUGUAAACAUCUACAUCCCUCCGGAAUCCGUCUGUCCUUCCAAUUUUACAGCUUUAAUACUACAAUUUCUGACCAUCUUGAACCUGGCCCUGCUGGGAGACGUGAAUGCCCAUGACAAACUCUGGCACUCAAGUUUGGAGAAUUCCAAGGGGAGGCCCUGGCCUAGUAGAUAA